CGUUUUACACUGAGUUUAAAUGAUUUACGGUAAAGUGAAUCUGACUAAGGGCAAUUGUACCAACACUACACACAAGUUUUAAUUGCAUGAAUGUUCGUGCCAGAAGUUGGGACGGAACUUUACGUGAUGAUGUAACUGGUGAGAAUUGUUACGGAAGGUCCAGAAGUCGAUCAAUUGGCAUACCGAAAGCAGAAGUGAACUAUUGUUACUUCAUGUGAAGAGCACAACCCAGUCAGGUACUAGAAUCAAAGUCCUCUGGAAGUACAUCAACCUGCAUCGUCAGGGCUACCUGCCACGUUCUCUCAGCCAGCCUCCAUUGCUGAGCGCUCUCCCCCAACAUGGAGAAACUAGAGGUGGUGGUAAUGGCGGGGACGGCAGCCCUCACUGGCAUCAUUGCUUACUACUGGAGGAAGGAGGCUCAAUUCCUCCAACAAAUCAAGGAUGCCCCUCAUUUGAACCUCGACCCUAAUUUGAAAGCCCUUGUCAGCGAGGCACCGGACAGCACCAUCCCAUAUGCAGUCAUUGAGGGGAGCGUGGAGGCCAUCGGCAAGCCGCUGAAGAGCGAGCAUGCCACAGGGAUCCUGGGUGUUCUACAGUCUCUGAUCUGCAGGGAACAUAAGACUUACUGGAGCGGCAGCACUCGCUUGUGGCAUGACACCACACGAUUGAUCAGGAACAUCAGCCGCUCUGUUCCAUUUGUGAUCAAAGACAAUAACACCGCCGUCCGGGUCGACGACCCUCUGUCAGCCAGUGGGCUGGAUGUGCCCAUCAUCUACGACUCCUUUGAGCCAUCGUCCACAUCCCUCGGCGAACACCUCGUCAGCUGGGCCAGUGGUGAGAAAACCAAAGGUUUUCAGACCGUGGAGAGAAUGUUGUCCGAGGGGACGGUGCUGACCGGCAUAGGUAUGCUGUCAACGUCCACUGGUAGCCUGGUCCUCAGUCCCCCUACGAGUGCCAACAGGCCCUACAUCCUGAGCGACUCCGGUUUCUCAGGGAUCAUCCGAGAUUUCCAGUCCAAGUUGAACCAGCUUAAGUACUUUCUGUACAUCAGUGGGUCCAUCACAGCCCUCCUCGUGGCACUGUGGCUCUUCAAGCAGUACCGCAAGUACGCUGAGAGGAGGGAACACGAGAUGCAGGUGGAGAGGGUCUUGCAGAAUCGGGUGGACGACGGCGCAGAGGGAACGAACAUUGACCGAGCGGCCGGUGGCCAGGACAACGCCUGCACGAUAUGCCUGACCAACCCCAGGGACGUGGUGCUGCUGGACUGUGGCCACAUCUCCACGUGCGCACGAUGCACCCGGAUGCUACAGCCACCGCACUGUCCUAUAUGCAGGCAGCGCAUUAAGCGUGUGGUGCCUCUAUUUCACUCCUGACACUGACUGAGAAACUGACACCACAGGUCCAAUUCUGACUGAAACAUGCCUGACAAUUGGCCAUCACUCUGAUGUUUCAGAAACCAAGAAUUGUGACCACUUAGUACAAAGAUGACUGAUCUAAUUCCUGCAAACAAUUUUCUCAGCAGAAAAUAUUACGUAGCAAAUUUAUAAAAUCAAACACCAAGAUACCGUAUCAACCAAAAGCCAUUAUACAUAGUUGUCAUUUUGUCUCGUACACUGAUGUUCAUUAUAACCCAUUAGAACCUGCACUACAUGGUUUCACAUUAUAUUACUAACUGGUGAGUCCAGGAGAGCUUAGAGUAUUGGACUGUAGAGUGAUUCACCCUAUGUUGGCUGGAAACCCUACCAGAUUUAUCUGAUUCUUCAUCAGAGAUCCAACAGGUCCACAAGCCCCAAGGCAAAAGAGCUGCCGGAGACUGUAGUUGCCGUCUACCACGAGAACCAACAGUGGCUCUGCCUAAUGGGACUAGGGCAGAUUCAGAACAGUAUGGGGGGGGGCCUUGUUUUGAAGGGCUAAAAUAGGGAAUUUUUUUAUGUAACCUUCCAUGGCCUUUCUUGGGAAUGGAGCUAUAUUUGGGGGCUUCUUACAUGCUUUUGGAAGGAAGAGAAGCCAAGUAGAUCAAAAAUGCCUCGUUAUUUAAAAAUAUGGCUCUGUGGGGGGCAUGACCCCUCCCCCCCCCCGUCCACCCUUGCAGUAGAAUCAGUUUCCAUUACUUCAACAUAGGCAGGUUAGUUGGCUACGGUUAAUUGUCCAGUGCAGUAGAAAAGUGCACCAGACUUUCAUACCUGCUGCUCCUUGCUGGUCUGACAGGUUUAGGGUACGCGUAAGUGUUCAGCAAGAACUUUCCAUGCUGAAGACGUAUAUAUGUGUUUGCCCUUUGUUUGCAGCCCCUUGAAAUGUUCCAUCAAGAUCUUCUCAUCUUCUGUUGCGGAAGCUGAAGAUCCUGUGUCCGAUUAACUUCAAUACGAGUAUUUCUAAAUUGGAGCCCUAACCACUUCCUGUGAACAAGAUUUCACCAAAUGACAAUCAUGAAUUGUUAGGGGAAUCUGCAGUAACAGUGUGAAAUAAAUCUGACAAACUAAAUGGAGGUAAAAACAGUGGUCGCAUGCAUCGUUAAGAGUUUACUAAGUAUUUCUUGCAUUGGAAUAAUUUUUAUGGUGACUGUCAUUUUGUGAAAGAGGGCUGGAAAUUAAAAGAUUGUUUUGAUCCAAAA